AUGCCACCCAAAACUAGCGGUAAGGCUGCCAAAAAAGCGGGCAAGGCGCAGAAGAAUAUCUCAAAAUCUGACAAGAAAAAGAAGCGCAGGAGGAAGAAGAAAAAGAAACGCAGGAGGAAGGAAAGCUACGCAAUUUACAUCUACAAAGUGCUGAAGCAGGUACAUCCAGAUACCGGUAUUUCCAGCAAAGCGAUGAGCAUCAUGAACAGCUUCGUCAACGAUAUUUUCGAACGUAUCGCAGCGGAAGCAUCCCGAUUGGCACAUUACAACAAACGUGCCACGAUAACUAGCAGAGAAAUUCAAACAGCCGUUCGACUAUUGCUACCAGGAGAAUUGGCCAAGCACGCCGUCAGCGAAGGUACCAAAGCCGUAACCAAGUACACCAGUUCGAAGUAA